UGAAACUGAAUAUUUAUCGUCUUUUCUAGACACAGAUAUGUCCCAGAGUACUUUUGAGCCUUUUUAACUGUAGAUGAAAUUGCACUUGAAAGUUGUAGGCAGGUUGUUUGACAGCUGCAAGAAACUCAAGUGCUUUUUACUAUUGUGAGCAAAUCACCUCUCUUGUGAACGACACAGUGAUGUACACUAGUGCAUUUUACGCAAUUGUGCAAAGCCAGCAGCAAAAGCUACUUUUUUUGUGAGUAGUGCAUGUCUUUAGUCUUGUUUGUUCCUCUUCUCUCUCCCCACUGUAGAAUGCAUCAACUGUCUGCAGAAAUUGUCUCUGAAUCGCCUUGGCCCUUGGCUGCGGGGCUGUAAGCAGCUACCAUGACGAAUCCCAACACCAGCAUACUGACAACCAACUUCAGUGGAGCUUUCGACGGCCAUGACUCCGGGGGAAACAUCUACCGGCCCUUCUCGGUUUUCAGCGUGCUGACUCUCACAUUAUUGGCAAUGCUGGUGGUGGCCACCUUUGUGUGGAACUUGCUGGUGCUGGUGACCAUCCUGAGGGUAAGGACAUUCCACCGGGUGCCCCACAACCUGGUUGCUUCCAUGGCCAUCUCCGACGUGAUGGUGGCCGCCCUGGUCAUGCCGCUCAGCCUUGUCCAUGAGCUGAAUGGCAGGUUGUGGAAACUGGGUCGUGUGCUGUGCCAGGUGUGGAUCUCCUUCGAUGUGCUCUGCUGUACAGCAAGCAUCUGGAACGUGACAGCCAUCGCAUUGGAUCGCUACUGGUCCAUCACCAGGCACCUGCAGUACACGCUCAAGACACGUAAAAAGAUCUCCAAUGUGAUGAUCGCACUCACAUGGCUGCUGUCCUCCAUCAUUUCCCUGUCGCCUCUCUUCGGCUGGGGGGAAACCUACUCAGAGGGAAUGAAGUGCCAGGUGAGCCAGGAGCCGUCCUACACAAUCUUCUCCACCUUCGGGGCAUUUUAUCUGCCGCUUUGUGUGGUGCUGUUUGUUUACUGGAAGAUCUACAAGGCUGCCAAGUUUCGGAUUGGCUCCCGCAAGACCAACACAAUAACACCCAUGGCUGAGGUGAUUAUUGAGGUAAAGGAAGAAACACAGCAGCCCCAGAUGGUGUUUACUGUGCGCCACGCCACCGUGACCUUCCAGACAGACGGGGACACAUGGCGCGAGCAGAAGGAGAAAAAGGCGGCGCUGAUGGUAGGCAUUCUGAUCGGCGUGUUUGUACUUUGUUGGAUUCCCUUCUUCAUCACCGAGCUCAUCGUUCCACUGUGCUCCUGUGACAUCCCACCCAUCUGGAAGAGCAUCUUCCUGUGGUUGGGGUACUCCAACUCUUUCUUCAACCCGCUCAUAUACACCGCCUUUAAUAAGAACUACAACAAUGCCCUGAGGAACCUCUUCUCCCGGCAGCGCUGAGCCACUCUGCACGCUCGGCAGACACACCAGCAUGCACUCCAGUGUUACUCCUCCAGACAGAAAGGGACUAACCUGUCUGUGUCCAUCACUCCA